AUGGAGUCGAACUUAAGCCAACCGUCGCUUUUGACACGUUCUGGAGAUUUGCUGCUGAACGGAAAGCGAUUGAUGACAGACGCCGGGCUGGCCAACCCGCUCCGUACGUGUUUACAUGUCCUCAUUUGUCCGCAAUCUCGAUCUCAAAAUCUCAUUUUCUGGAAUAGGUGGACAGAAGACCCCAUUCUGCAGAAAUACUUCUUUUGCAAUACAUUCCGUGUCCUUGAUAAAGUAUGCCAAUACCUAAUCGAGCACGUUAUCGAGAAAGGAUCUCAAGAACCUAUCGAAGUCGUCUUUCGCGUUACCCUGUUCAACACAUUCACCAAGAUCUCCACCUGGGAACGGCUCCAGUCAGAAUUGGGGCCGCUCACCUGGGCUUCAUACAACCGCGAAAAAUACAUCGCCGUCCUGGACCAACUCCGAAGCGAAAACCAAGCUCUCUACACCGCCGCCUUCAUCAAACCCGCACCCCACUUCGGAUUUAAAGAAAACCACAUCAACCACCUGUGUCUGCUCGAAAACCUGAUGGAGAACGAAAUGCCCUACAAAUUGUUGGGAGCAAAGACGAUGGCGGAUGUCUAUGAGUAUUUGAUUUCGUUCCCCGGAAUGGGCGAUUUCACAACAUACCAGCUCAUGCUCAACCUCUCCUACACCAACGUCCUCAACUUUCACCGGAACGACUUUACGAUCGCAGGUCUCGGUGCCAUCUCCGGCCUCAACAAAAUGUUCGGACGGUCGUUCUCGGAGGCCUACGCGGAUGACAAGGGAUUCGCCGAGCAGGUCCUACGAUACCUCGCCGAGGCCCAGGACGAACAUUUCCAAAGACUCGGGUUGGAGUUCUCGGGUUUGGGACCUGAGAAAUUAGGAAUGGACUUGUCGGACAUCGAACAUACCGUAUGCGAAGUGGACAAAUAUUGCCGCAAAGCACAUCCGCAACUCAAAGCCAAACGAAUGACGAUAAAACACGAAUACAAACCCGUGACUACCCCGUCAGGUAUCCCAGUGCCCUAUCCUAAAGAACCAAUCCUCCCGAAAGCCUGGUCACACCCCGCGAGGAAGAUUCCAAACGUCAGACCUGGACCCUUGACCAUCGAGAAGCGAUACGAGGUGGACAAGUUGACGGAUGACAAAGUGGACGAGCAAGGGAGGAGACUCUUUUUCGUGCAUUGGGUUGGGUAUUCUCUCAAAGACGCCACAUGGGAAUUUGAGCAGUCGCUGUUGCAGGAUGCACCCCGAGUGGUGCACGAAUACAUGGCUGCAAAGACGGCUGGCAAGCAGAAGAACGCGAACAAGAGACGGAAAUUGAAGUGA